CAGGCCUGCAAACCGACUACAACCCCAUAUAUCUCUAGUAACCACGAUCUCUACACAAGAGAAUUGCUGGCGCGACCUCAAUUACUAAAUCGCGCUAUUUGGAACGAUUUUGUCAACUCCGGUCUGCGCGCGCGGUCCCCCUCGAACCUCCCACCACGACAACAUUACGCGACAGUUGGCCGCCCAUGACCGCGAUACAUAGCAGAGCGCCGUUAGAAGUCUUGAGUAUGUCGGCUGCGCAGAGGCAAUCGCGUCGGAAGACCACAAGGCAUCUCUUUGAUGACGAUGACGAGCCACCCGCGAAGAGAUCGAAGGUGGAAACAGAGACCGUAUCAAAUGCAGCCAGUGCUCAGUCCACGAGUAGGAUUGCAGCCGCAAAACCGAAAAAGGCACGAACAGCGUACAAUGAAGAUGCGGAUGGCUUUACAUUUGCGCGAAAAACGCGUUCAAAGAAAUCCUCGGACGAGCCUGUGCCUGUAAAUGAAGCGCAAGCGUCACAUUCAACUGCUUCGAAGCCACGUCUUGUGCCGAGAACGAAACGUAACGAUAGCAAGACCGACCCAAGAAUUGCGUCAACGUCAUCAGAAACGGAUCUGACAGGUCCAAGACGGCGAUCUGCACGACUUUCCGGAGACAAAGAAGCUGUCCAAUCUUUACCAGCCGAGAAACCGAAGCGGAAGCGAAAGUCCAACGAGCUUGGUUCGUCUCAGCGCGCUCGCGCUGGUAGCCCAGAGCUACCUCCGAAAGACCUUCAAAUUGAACGAAAGCGCGAGGGGACAAAGAUCAUGCUUCCAUUUGCAGACACGCCUGUAAUAAAUCGCAACAAAGAAAUGCGAGCGACCAAGAGUAAAACGCAGAAUCGCAGAAGCAGCGUCAACUCAAGAGGGAGACGAGCCAGUUCGCUUAUCGAGAGUGGCACAUCAAAUGGUAGGACUUUCCGUACUUAUGGUUCGAAUCGCACGCCAAGAAGCGCGCAAAAAUUCCCUUCUUUUUCGUCCUUUCUGUCGGAUUAUCCGCUUGAUUCUCAGCGUGUUUCUAUACCAGUGUUGCGAGUUGAAGAAUCUCUAGUCCAAUCAGCCUGCCUGUUACGAAGUUCUAACAAUUUCAACUCUAUUUCUCUCUCCUAUGAUCUAGUCCUGGCUAAUCAAAAUGAAUUAACAGCUGUACCUCACUCAGACGUAGACAUCAAAGACUUUUACAAGCACAUCGAACAAAGCCUCCUCGAACCAAAGCGGAUGCGCCAACUUCUCACCUGGAGCGCAACACGCGCUCUUCCUCCUAAAGCUCAUGGCGGCAGUGGUAAUGCAAGCGAGACGUUUAUCCAAGAAGCUGCGCGUUCAAUCAUCGAGGAUCUGCUCAAGGAUUUUGCCAACAAACCUGAGAUGUCGGAUUGGUUUAGUCGCGACGAGACGAGCGAGCCAACUGCGAUUGUGAAGAAGCCAAAUCCGAGGAAUGCGCAGAAUGCUGCCAGGCUACAGAGAUUGGAGGCAGACAUCGCGAGACUAAAGGAGGAAGAGAGGCAGUGGAAUGAACUUACAAAGUCACUAAAGAGCGAAGAAGUCGGGGACUUGGAUGAUAUUGAUCCGUCUGCACUAGAUCCUGCACAAGCAGCUCUGCUUGCGGAGCUGCAGCUUGGACAUGACGCGAGUGGAAAUGCGAAGAAAAGGCGGAAGUCAGAGGACAAGGAAGAAGCACACACGACGGGGUUAGAGGAUAUAGCAGCACGAAUGCAGGCUAUUAAUUCGAAUUUGGAGCCGCAGAUCGACAUGUUUGCUGAUGGUCUACACCGAGUGGGACAAUAUCGACUUGCGGCGGAAAGAGUUGCAGAUAGGCUGCUGGGCACGACGGCCAGGAAGCUCGAAAUACGCGAGAAAGAGUCGCAAAAGGCCACAGGUACAAGUUCGAUGGGCUCCAAGGAAGUGCUAUCCGCUCUCGCCCGAGCCCUUUACGCAAGAGGAGACGGGAGAUAAUGUGUGUUUUGCAGAAACUGACGAGCUUAUGAUGAGAAUUGAGAUUUUUGUACAUGCAUUGAGCAUAACGGGUGGCUUUGUUAUAUACGACUUGUUCUACUCACGAUCAAUUUACGUGCUUCGUCCUGGGCCUCACACAUGAGAAAGGAAUAGCUGGCAUAUCUUCACAUAUUCAAGCUUGUGAUUUUGGCAAACGAUUUCCGGAAAUGUUGAUUCAGACUUUAUAAAGGAUGUUUAAUGCAGUGUGAUAUAUAAAAAUGAUCAAAG